CAUAGACAGAUUUGGUAUUCAACCCGGAUUUUGUAACCCGAAAUCUAAGAUGGCGGCCUCCAGAGUUGUGCUGUCUCUGUCCAAAGCCUUAAACCCAAUACGGCGAGGAAAUACGAUCAAGGUAUUUGGACCAACUCUCUCCAGCCAAAGGGAGAAAACUACCUAUGCAGGAAAAAGCAUACCUCCCCCUGCCAGGUAUGGUGGCAGACACACUGUCACACUGAUCCCAGGAGACGGGAUCGGCCCGGAUCUGCUUAACCAUGUGCGAGAACUGUUCAGGUUCAGCUGCGUUCCUGUGGACUUUGAGGUGGUGAAUGUCAACUCCUCCCUAACUAAUGAGGACGACAUCAACAAUGCCAUCACUGCUAUACGCCGGAAUGGAGUUGCUCUUAAGGGUAACAUUGAGACAAACCACACACUGCCACCUUCACACAAAUCAAGGAACAAUCUUCUCCGCACUAGUCUGGACCUAUAUGCAAACUUGAUGCACUGCCAGUCCUUGCCUGGUGUUCAGACCCGCCACAAGAACAUUGAUAUUAUCAUCAUUCGAGAGAACACGGAGGGGGAGUACAGCAGCCUGGAGCAUGAGAGCGUACCCGGUGUGGUGGAAUCCCUGAAGAUCAUCACACGGAAUAACUCCCUGCGUAUUGCAGAGUACGCCUUCAAGUUGGCCAGAGAGAAAGGACGAAGCCGGAUCACGGCUGUGCACAAGGCCAACAUCAUGAAACUGGGAGAUGGCCUCUUUCUCCAGUGCUGUAAAGAGGUUGCCUCUGGAUAUCCUGACAUUGCCUUCGACAGCAUGAUUGUAGACAACACCACUAUGCAGCUCGUUUCCAAGCCCCACCAGUUUGAUGUCAUGGUGAUGCCUAAUCUGUAUGGUAACGUGGUCAGCAACGUGUGUGCCGGACUAGUGGGUGGACCUGGACUGGUGCCUGGAGCCAACUACGGGAAAGAUUAUGCUGUUUUUGAAACUGCCACUCGGAACACUGGGAAGAGCAUCGCCGGCCGGAACAUUGCCAAUCCCACUGCAAUGCUACUGGCCAGCUGUCUCAUGCUGGAUCACCUCAAACUUCACGAGUACGCCAGCAUGAUCCGUAACGCUAUUUUCACUACUAUGAACGAGACUCAGUUGCAUACACCAGACAUCGGGGGGCAGGGCACUACCUCGGAGGUGGUACAGGCCAUCAUGAGAAACAUCAAGAGCAGCGGCCCGCUCACUUCAGAGCUCUAAUGCUAUGACAAUAACACCACAACAGCCAUAUAUGAUUCUCAAACAUCAGCAGUCCAGAAUAUGGACAGAGGAUCAAGAUAUGGUCUCUUUACAGGUUGAAGGUUUUCUUUUUUGGGUUCAUUCGGUCUGUCCCGAUUGGUGUCCAUCAAGGGUCAUGCAACAUAACUAUUAUGCGCUGAUGUGAUAUUUAUGUAUAGGUUACGGUUUAUAAUGAUAAAAGCAUUCCAAUGUUAAACAACUUUGAGAUGCAAUCGAGUUUCAUUCAGACAUGCUUUAUUCAGUCAUUCAUGAAAUCCAUUGUUCUGUCCCUUAAACAAAACUAGGCCAAGUUACUUGAUAAAAUAUGAUUAAUUUAUAUUCAAUAUUUUCUCAAAUUAUUUAUUAUUCAGGAAAAUUAUUAAGCAUCCAGGAAACUGUAAAAUAUUAUAUAUAUAUAUAUAUAUAUAUAUAUAUAUAUAUAUAUAUAUAUAUAUAUAUAUAUAUAUAUAUAUAUAUAUAUAUAUAGAUAUAUAUAUAUAUAUAUAUAUAUAUAUUAAUAUAUAUAUAUUAAUAUAGUUUCCAGGAUGUAAAUAUGGAAUGGAUGUAUUCAAAAGGUGACCUUUUUCUGUCUCAACACAGUAUGGUGUUCAUUUAAUGGAAUGGUAUUCUUAUAUUUUAACACGGUUCUGUAAACUGGUAUGUUUGAUUCUUAUAGCACUUCCACUGUUACAUGGAUACAUUUUGAGGGGGGGGGGAAUCAUUGUAUGGUUUAACGCAUCAUGCCUGACAUUUCCUUGUCAAUAAAGUGGUUUAUAAACGUC